AUGUCAGAUUUAGCCACGUAUAAGCAACUUUCAAAACAAAUAACAAAUGCUGAAAAAAUCAAAAGACUUUAUAAGAAUUUACAAACUGUUAAAGAAGACUCUAAAAACGUUUCUACAAUCGUCCAUCGGCACAUUGAUAAAUUAUUGGAGCCUUUUAAUUCUUCUUCGAGUACACCCAGCUCGUCGGUUGUUAACAAUAUCACAGUGAAAGGAAAUUAUUACAACAUUGACCAUGAAGAUAUGAAGGAGACCGAAGAGGUCGAGUUUAAGCAGAAAUGGGUUGAGUUCUUGGCUGAUGCUGAACAAAGUAAAACUUUUCACAACCCUGAGAAGAACGGUGUAACCCGUUUGGGUGCAAAGCUAUCACCCUAUCCAAACGCAGAUAAAGAUACAUACCGAUAUUUAAAGAAGUAG